AUGGAUGCAGAAGAGAAGAGGAUCCGUGCCUUCGUGCGAGUCAAGCCAGCAGCUGCAUUUGCUCAAGAUAUGAUCAAGUUUGGGCCAGAUAACAAGACUGUAGAUAUCUGCAUCAAAAGAGAUGCCAAGAAGGGGCCUGUGGACAACACUCAGACUGAUUGGUCCUUCUGCCUGGAUGGUGUCCUCCACAACACCUCCCAGGAGCUGACUUACGAGGCUGUGGCCAAACACCUGGUGUCUGAAGCUUUGCUGGGUUACCAUGGCACCAUCAUGUGCUAUGGGCAGACUGGGGCUGGCAAAACCUACACCAUGACAGGAGCCACUGCAGAGUACAAGCACAGAGGCAUCAUCCCCCGAGCUCUGCAGCAGGUCUUCAGAGCCACUGCCCCUUCCCCCGAGGGCUGUGUCACUGUCAGGAUAUCCUACCUGGAAAUCUACAACGAGACCUUGGUCGACCUGCUGGCCGGCGCGGGCAGCAGGGGGAGCAGCGCCGCGCCGCUGGCUGUGGUGGAUUGCCCGCAGGGGGUCCGUGUCAAGGGCUUGUCCAUCCAUUCGGUCAGCCGUGAGGAAGAUGCUCUCAGUCUUCUCUUCGAGGGUGAGACCAAAAGGGUGAUGGCAGAGCACACUCUGAACAAGAACUCCUCCAGAUCUCAUUGCAUCUUCACUAUUUACCUCGAGUCUCGUUGCAGGCUGUCCUCAGGGGUCAAAUGCAUCCACUCCAAAAUCAACCUGAUUGAUCUGGCAGGCUCAGAGAGGCUGAGCAAGACAGGAUCUGAAGGCCAAACGCUGAAGGAAGCCACCUACAUCAACAAGUCUCUGUCGUUCCUGGAGCAGAUUGUGAGGGCCCUGGCCGACCCCCGGCGGGAGCACGUCCCGUUCCGGCAGAGCAAGCUCACCCACGUCCUCAAGGACUCGCUGGGAGGAAACUGCAAUACUGUGCUGGUGACCAAUAUCUGUGGGGAGGCUGCACAUGUGCAGGAGACUCUGUCCUCCCUUCGUUUUGCUGCCAGAAUGAAGCAGAUCACAGCAGAGCCACUCAUCAAUGAGAUCCAGGACCCAGAGGAGACAGUGAGGGCUUUGGAGAAGGAGAUCACCCUGCUGAAGCAGGAGCUGGCCAUCCAGGACUGCUUGGCAAACCGUUUUUUUGUGAGCUAUGACCCCCUGAGUGACAGCCAGAGGGCAGAGAUCAAGUCUCAAGUCCAUCAAUACCUGGCAGGAGCCAUUGCUGAAAUCGAUGUCCUGAACGUCAGGCAAGUCCAGGAGGCGUUUAAGCAGUUCAAACUGAUCCUAAGGCACCAGGAGGAUGAGCUGGAGGCCAGAUUUCGAAGCAAGUACAUCCUGGUAGACAGAAAUGACUUGGCUGCCCUGGCUGCUCUUCAGGAGGUAAGGACUGCAGCUUGGGCCUGGCCAGCAUCCAGCUUGGAAUCAUGAACCCAGCUUGGAAUCAUGAACCCAGCU